AUGUGUCAUUCUGAUACUGUAUAUUGUUUAGUUCUAAAUCAGGAUCUAUUGUCUGUUUCAUAUAAGCUUUUGCUUUAUGCAACUGGUUUUAAUUCCUUAACCAGUUGGCUCCUAGAUGGUGAUCAUUCAGUCUCAACAUGUGAGAUUAGUUAUAAUAACAACGAACAGGAAGAACUGAGCAAGCCAUCUACUUCUAAUGCUUAUUGGGAUACAAUUGAAAGCGAAAAUGGAUUCGACAGUACAAUUAUUCCCUCCCAAGAUCACUUUGACGACUGUGUACUGUGCCCAUCUAUUUUCUGUGAUCAUCUUUUCAGCAUCAUUAAUAUUUCUCCUAGCUGGACAUUUGAAGACUCAGAAAUUAAGGUUUUUAUUUUUGGACAAUUCUUAAAGAGUCAACAAGAAGCGGAAGUUUGUAAAUGGUCAUGCAUGUUCGGUGAAGUAGAAGUGCCAGCAGAGAUAAUAGGGGAUGGUGUUUUUUGUUGUCGUACUCCUCCACACAAGGUUGGCAGGGUUCAUUUCUAUGUAACAUGUUCUAAUAGGUUAGCAUGUAGUGAAGUGCAUGAAUUCGAUUUCCGAGUCAAUACUUCUCAAGAAAUCAACACUGCGGGAUAGAACAGAAGUCACUUUCAAUACUUUUAAUAAAUAAUUUAAAGAAUUGUUAUCCCUGGAGUAUGACUUCCCACAUAGUUUAGAUUCAAUUAGUGGUAAUGAGAAAUCUCAAAUAAGAAGUAAAAGCAGUUGUUUGCUCAUGAGGGACGAUGACAAAUGGGACAAACUACUGAAAUUUACUCUAGAGAUUUAUUUUGUUGUUAGUUUCGUUUAAGACAUUGAGCUAGUUCUUAUGCUUAAUAAUUCACCCUAGUCCUAGCAUAAGAUUUUUGCUUGUUUAUUUUUAUAAGUAUGCUUUAAGAUUGUUGUUAGCAGAAUUUGAGUUUUUGAGAGUGGCUUUAUUCAAAGGAAAACUCCAAUUAAGUUUCAUUGAGUUUUGGUGUGCAUUUUAUUUUAGAUUGGAGUCCUUUGGAAUUGUGCCUGUAUUGUUUGGGUUCAGGUGGAAAAUUUGUGAGUCUUAUGGUAGGAUGUGUGUAUUAGCGCUGAUCUAGCUUUUUGGUAGCUUGACAGGCUCUGUGUAGGUCUUGUAGUUUUCAUCUAAAUGAUGUGGACCUGCAGAAUUUUGUACGUAGCAAAUUUUGGGUUCUUUUCUUAGCAUACGGUGUCAGUGCAGCUAAUUUUGUUAGUGAUAGUCGUUGUAAUCUGCUAUCUGUUGCGAUGUAUUGAAUUGAAUGUUCAAACACUUUAGGGUUAAUUUGGCUCAACAUACGGAGGAGACCUUCAACUCGCAUUAUGCGUGCUAUUGGGAUUGGAAUAAAGGGUGAUAUAUUUUACAUAAAAGAAAUAUGGAGCUAGCCCUGGUUGAUUUUAGUACCCAAACCAGUGAAGACAUUGGAGUUGAG